AUGAGUGAAGCCGCUGGGCCGCCUCAGUGGCCGCAGGGCCCGCGCCACAGGGCUCUCUCGUGUGUCAUCGGCCCUUUACUCGGUAACGUUACGCUGUUUGUUUGUGUCCCUCCUGCAUUUUACCGUCGACAUGGAGCUCGGAGGAAACUAGCAGGCGUGUACAAGAUCCAGUUCUCGUCCUUACCUUUGGAGAAUGAUCCACCGGCAGGUUAUUUUAUCCCAGCGGAGACCCAGGUCUGCUUCAGGUACUACCACGGUGUCACUGGAGCACUGAGGGCGACCACACCCAGCGUCACCAUCAAGAAUGGCUCUGCACCUGUAUUAAAGCCAGUGGUUAGUCCUGAAGUCAACCAUGGACUGGGCAACAGGAGACUCAUUAACUUUUCCCUGUCAGACCUCCAGGCAGUUGGAUUGAAGAAGGGGAUGUUCUUCAAUCCAGACCCCUACCUGAAGCUCUCCAUCCAGCCUGGAAAGCACAGCAUCUUCCCCUCUCUGCCACACCACGGCCAGGAGAAACGCUCCGGAGUGGUCUGCAACACAGUUAACCCACAGUGGAGCACGGAGAGGUUUAACUUUGUGUCUCUGCCCACUGACGUCUUGGAGAUCGAGGUGAAGGAUAAGUUUGCAAAGAGUCGGCCAAUCAUCAAACGCUUCCUGGGGAAGCUGUCGGUCCCUGUCCAGAGGCUGCUGGAAAAACAUGCUAUUGGGGAUCGGGUAGUGAGUUAUUCGCUAGGUCGGAGGUUGCCGACGGAUCAUGUCUGCGGCCAGCUGCAGUUCCGCUUUGAGCUGACCUCCUCUAUUCACCCAGAUGAUGAGGAGGUCUCCCUCGUGAUAGAGCAAGCCUGUUCUGAGGAGGAAAAUGGAGCAAAUAACAUCCAUGCUGCUGAUGCACUUGAUGAUGACACACUAAGUGUGGGACCUGACAUGCCUGACCUCCCCCUGGAUGCACCUUCAGACCCUGAGACCUCUGCACCACUAGCCCCCACAGUGGAGGCCUCCACAUCUGAGGAGGUCCAACCUGCUAAGGAGGAGGCUGAGGCGACACCAGAGGUGGAUCAAGGAACUGUGGAGGAGGAGAGCACAGUGAGGGAGGAGCUUAGGACUACAGAGCCCCAGGUGGAGCAGGAGGAGGAGGUCUUGGCUGAACAGCAGGAGGAGAACAGAGGAGUGGAGGGAGAAGAGGGAGGAGGUGAGGAGAGGCUGCAGCAGGAAGAAGAGGAGGAGCAGAGAGCAGAGUCUGCAUCACAAGCUGAGGAGGAGGUCACAGUAGAAGAAAUGGAGGUUGGAGAGGAAAGCCAGGCGAAGCCAGACUCAGACAGUCCUGAAGCAGCAACAACAAACACUGAUGCUACUGCUGUGGAGGCAUCCCACGAGGGCACUGAACAACCAGCUGAAGGGUCCCCGCAGGAGGUGACAGAGGGGGGAAAAAGAAGCUGCCUCCCCUGCACCUGCCAGUCGCUCUUCUCAAACUACAACUCCCAUGCUCCCUCACGGCGUAAAAACCGCCCCUAUGAUGAGGAGGUCUCCCUCGUGAUAGAGCAAGCCUGUUCUGAGGAGGAAAAUGGAGCAAAUAACAUCCAUGCUGCUGAUGCACUUGAUGAUGACACACUAAGUGUGGGACCUGACAUGCCUGACCUCCCCCUGGAUGCACCUUCAGACCCUGAGACCUCUGCACCACUAGCCCCCACAGUGGAGGCCUCCACAUCUGAGGAGGUCCAACCUGCUAAGGAGGAGGCUGAGGCGACACCAGAGGUGGAUCAAGGAACUGUGGAGGAGGAGAGCACAGUGAGGGAGGAGCUUAGGACUACAGAGCCCCAGGUGGAGCAGGAGGAGGAGGUCUUGGCUGAACAGCAGGAGGAGAACAGAGGAGUGGAGGGAGAAGAGGGAGGAGGUGAGGAGAGGCUGCAGCAGGAAGAAGAGGAGGAGCAGAGAGCAGAGUCUGCAUCACAAGCUGAGGAGGAGGUCACAGUAGAAGAAAUGGAGGUUGGAGAGGAAAGCCAGGCGAAGCCAGACUCAGACAGUCCUGAAGCAGCAACAACAAACACUGAUGCUACUGCUGUGGAGGCAUCCCACGAGGGCACUGAACAACCAGCUGAAGGGUCCCCGCAGGAGGUGACAGAGGGGGGAAAAAGAAGCUGCCUCCCCUGCACCUGCCAGUCGCUCUUCUCAAACUACAACUCCCAUGCUCCCUCACGGCGUAAAAACCGCCCCUGCUCACUUCCCGUGUCAGAACUGGAGACGGUGAUCGCAUCGGCCUGCGGUGAGCCGGAGACACCCCGUUCCCACUACAUCCGGAUUCAUCACCUACUCCACAGUCUCCCCUCGGCCCAACACAGAGCUCCCAGCCAGGAGGAGGAGGACACAGGGGAGGGUGAGAACUCAAGCAUCACUCAAGAUACCACCUCCACAUCACCAACACUUAAAAGCUCCAAAGAGGAGGAGGGGCAGGAGGAUGAGGAAGAGGAGGAUACAACUCAGUCUCCCUCUCAGGUCCCUGAGUGUCCUGGCCCCUGCUGCCGUCGCUCCCUACCUCGCAGCCUCUCCAUUGAACGGCUCUCUGAGCUGAACCAGCUCCUGGAAGGUGAAGGAGUAGGCGGAGGACAUGCGGCUGUCAGGAGGAUCUCUCCCUCCUGCUUGGAGAGCGAGGAGGGGGAUUCCAGUAACGGAGGAGGAAGAAGAAUUGGCCCGAGCACUCACCGGCCUCCGGGUGAGAACGAGUGUGAGUUUUGCGACACCUCCUGCUACAGCACCUCUUGCUACAGCACUUCUUGUUACAGCACGUCAUGUUACAGCAACUCGGGCUACGAGGGGAGGGGCCGCUUCUGCAGCCACACCCGCCUCUCCUCAGUGGACAGCAACAGACUCUCCGGCAGCACUGUGUUCUCCUCCCAGGAUGAAGACGAAGAUGAGGAGAGCGCCUUUGAGUCAGUACCUGACGCUGGCCACACGCCAGAGGGCCAGGAGGCGGGUGGGGCAGGAGGAGAGAGGAGCGCAGGGAGGUGGAAAGAGGCCAGGCGAGGGGAGCAGGGGGAGCCAGCCGUGGCGGGGCCCAGUGAUAGCAUCAACUUUGGCUCAGGCUUCUCCCCUCCUGUUGGCCAUCUUCCAGUCCUGCGACCAAGCCAUGACCUAAACCAUUUUCCUGCUGCCACUGACCAAGCCUUACCUCCAAACUGGGAAGCUCGGAUCGACAGCCAUGGCAGAGUUUUCUAUGUGGACCAUGUGAACCGGACCACAACCUGGCAGAGACCGACACACGGCAGCAAGUGUAACCACGGCAUCCCCCGCUCAGGAUCCACCCAGCAGAUGGAACAGCUCAACAGGAGGUACCAGAACAUCCAGAGGACCAUGGCCACAGAGGAGGACGGUGGGAGUCAGAGGUUAGAGCGCAGCGGCAGUACAGAGACUGAUUCAGAUGCUCCUCAGACAGGCCCCGCCUCCCCUGUCAAUCACCAGAAGAUCGGCCAUCUCCUCCAAUCACCUGCUGUCAAGUUCAUCACACACCCAGAGUUCUUCACUGUGUUGCACAGUAAUUAUGCAGCCUACCGAAUGUUCACCAGCAGCAGCUGUGUGAAACACAUGAUCCUGAAGGUGCGUCGUGAUGCCAGGAACUUUGAGCGCUACCAACAUAACCGGGACCUGGUGGUUUUCCUCAACAAGUUCGCAGACACUCAGCUGGAGCUGCCAAGAGGCUGGGAGAUCAAGACUGACCCCCAGGGCAAGUCUUUUUUUGUGGACCACAACAGUCGAGCCACGACCUUCAUCGACCCUCGCAUCCCUCUGCAGAAUGGCCGGCUGCCCGGCCACCUUGCCCACAGACAGCAUCUGCAGAGACUACGCAGCUACAGCGCUGGGGAGGCCUCUGAUGUGUCCAGGAGUCGGGGGGCUUCUCUGAUGGCCAGACCUGGAAACAGCCUGGUAGCCGCCAUACGAAGUCAGCAUCAUGCUGACUCACAACAACUCAGCGCUCCGUCUUACAAUGACAAGAUAGUGGCGUUCCUUCGACAGCCAAACAUAUUUGACAUGUUGCAGGAGCGACAGCCCAGCCUCAGCAGAAACCACGCACUGAGGGAGAAAAUCCACUACAUUCGGACAGAAGGUACUCAGGGAGUGGAGAAGCUGUCAUGUGAUGCCGAUCUAGUCAUCCUUUUAAGUUUAUAUGAAGAGGAAAUCAUGUCCUAUAUUCCGCCUCACCCCAUCCACCCUGGCUUCAGCUUCUCUCCUCGCUGCUCCCCCACCUCUUCACCACAGAACUCUCCUGGCUUGCAGAGGGCCAGGGCUCCAGCUCCUUACCGCAGAGACUUUGAAGCCAAACUAAGAAACUUCUACAGGAAAUUAGAAGCCAAGGGCUACGGACAGGGACCAGGCAAGAUCAAGUUGUUGAUCAGGAGAGAACACUUGCUGGAGGGAACUUUUAACCAGGUGAUGGCGUACUCCCGCAAAGAGCUGCAGAGGAACAAACUCUACGUCACUUUUCUGGGAGAGGAGGGAUUGGACUACAGUGGUCCGUCCAGAGAGUUCUUCUUCCUCUUGUCUCAGGAGUUGUUCAAUCCAUACUACGGCCUGUUUGAAUACUCAGCUAAUGAUACUUACACCGUUCAGAUCAGCCCCAUGUCAGCAUUUGUUGAGAACCAUCUGGAAUGGUUCCGUUUCAGUGGUCGUAUCCUGGGCCUGGCUCUGAUACAUCAGUACCUGCUGGAUGCUUUCUUCACGAGACCCUUCUACAAGGCCCUGCUCAGACAGCCGACAGACCUGUCUGAUCUGGAGUAUCUGGACGAGGAGUUCCACCAGUCUCUGCAGUGGAUGAAAGACAACGACAUCACUGACAUCCUGGACCUCACCUUCACCGUUAACGAGGAGGUCUUUGGCCAGGUGACGGAGCGGGAGCUGAAGUCGGGAGGCUCCAACCUCCAGGUGACUGAGAAGAACAAGAAGGAUUACAUAGAGCGAAUGACCAAAUGGAGGGUGGAGAGAGGAGUGGUGCAGCAGACAGAGGCGCUGGUCCGAGGCUUCUACGAGGUGGUAGACUCCAGGCUGGUGUCAGUGUUCGAUGCACGGGAGCUGGAGCUGGUCAUCGCCGGGACUGUAGAGAUCGACCUCAGUGAUUGGAGGAGCAACACAGAGUACAGAGGAGGUUACCAUGAUGGGCACAUAGUGAUGCGGUGGUUCUGGGCCGCUGUGGAGCGGUUCAACAAUGAGCAGCGUCUUCGUCUGCUGCAGUUUGUCACCGGGACGUCCAGCGUGCCCUACGAAGGCUUUGCCACGCUGCGGGGAUCUAAUGGUCUUCGACGGUUCUGCAUUGAGAAGUGGGGCAAAGUCACAUCACUACCCAGAGCUCAUACGUGUUUUAACCGCCUGGACCUGCCUCCGUACCCUUCCUACACCAUGCUGUAUGAGAAACUGCUGAUUGCGGUGGAGGAAACCAGCACAUUUGGCCUGGAGUGAGAGACAAACCAACACUGCAUCCCUCUCUGUGCAACGCUGGCUGGGCUAAAAUGCAAGAGAAAAAGCAGCUCUCGUGUGCUGUACUGCCUGGAUUGUACUCAACAACGUUUUUGGUCAUGUGGAUUUAUGUACAUCACUGUUAUGGUACCGUGUGUUAGAGUCCACAGUAUGACAGUGUGUGUGUGACAGCACCACAGCAGGACUACGGUUAUUUUUAUAUUAAUCACUAAGACUGAAGAAUAUGAAACACUAAAACAGCGUUUUUUAA